CUGUUCCGUAUUUCGUUUGUGCCCAUCACUACAAAAUGACUGUCUCUGCUGUCUGUCGAACUUAUGUAAAUAAAAACAAAUGUUAUUCAUACCAUGGAGCACUCUUCAAUCCCGCAGAAUUUUAUAACAAUUUACACCAAAUGCAUAAAUUUUGCAGCUAUAAAACAUAGGAAUCAACGUCGUCUGGAUUCCGAUGAAACCCCAUACAUUAAUCACCCUAUCGGUGUUGCCUACAUUCUUACUGAAGCAGGGAUUACGGAUUUAGAAGUAUUGCAAGCCGCCAUCCUCCACGACACCGUAGAAGAUACUGACACUUCGUUCGAAGAAAUUGAAUCUCUGUUUGGCCCAACCGUGCGCGCUAUCGUGCAAGAGGUAACGGACGAUAAGUCGCUGCCGAAACAAGAGCGGAAACGGCUACAGAUUGAGCAUGCUAGUAAGAAGAGUCAUCAGGCCAAACUGGUGAAGCUCGCCGAUAAAAUUUACAAUCUUCGUGAUCUUCAACGCUGUAAACCGAAAAAUUGGACUAACGAAAGAUGUCGCGAAUAUUUCAUUUGGGCGAAACAAGUUUGCGAUAAUCUAAAGGGAACGAACGAAUCGUUAGAAUCCAUUCUGGAUGAUAUAUUUCGGCAGGAGAAUGUCAAUUAAAUGUAUAUUUUACUACUUAGCAAGUAAACUGCGUGCCGCCCGAUGGUAUACGGCAAUAAACUGA